AAACCGGAAUGUGCUCAGGGCGGUUUGUGCAUCCGCACGCAAUGUAGAGGCAGAGUUACCCCGACGAGACUCCCAUAGGAUCUCUCUGUAGACACACCUAUCUAUCCACACAACAUAAUUUACAGUCUUUGGCACUUCGACUCGGUCCGCGAUUAACUCGUCAAUUUACAACGGAUACAUUCAUCAUUAUAUGGGAAAAAUGAUGAUGAAUGUUUGGAUCAUCCUUGUAGCUGCAAGUUCUGCAGUUACAGUCUCUGCAGUUACCACAUAUCAGAAACGCCUAAGCCACGGUGAUUAUUUGUCUCUGGAUCUUCCUGAACGGACAGCUAAGUUGGAGUUCGUUUCUGCCGAUGAGCAACAACAUGAAACUAUCUGGCAAAGUGGAACUUUUUCCACCGGUAGAGCCACAAGAGGUGUCGUGUCCUCCGUCAAUAACGGCUAUAACUUUAGAAUCAAUCAUGUUACGUUUGAGGACCAGGGGACAUACACCCUUCGCAAUUCAUUUACUGGUAUUACUAACGCAAUCUCCAUCUAUGUAGUGAGAGUCGAAACCAAAAGAAGAAUCAUUGAACGUGUCCCAGGUGAAACCCUCACCAUACCUUUGGAUGGAAUCAAGAUGGUUGAUGCCAAUCUUCGCUUUUACAGCAAUUAUUCAACUAUCAAUCUGGUGGAGCAUGGAGUCCCUGUGGGUAAAGAAAACGCGGACUACAUCGGUCGGCUAAGAACUUACUAUGAUAGUUUUCAGGUGCUUAAUGUCAAUGUGUCAGAUCUGGGCAGAUACGAACUUAGAGAUCAGAAAGGUCGACCUGUGUCAAACACUACAAUGAUAUUAGUGGAUCGACACAGUAAUUUUACCCCAAAUAAAGGCCUUUUAGCUCUGCUUCUUCUCGGGAUUCCUGGCGGCAUCUGCUUCUGCUGCAGGAAGAAAGUCUGCAAAUGUUGUUAUAAGGAUAAAUCAGAGGCGGCGAGUCCCCCGGCUGAGUCUAUACCAAUCUGCCAUCCAGUGACUGAUCCAGCACAGGGUAAUGUGGCUGGUAAUCCCACUAAUCCAGGCCAAAGUCCGAAUUAUUAUCCUCCUCCAAACCAAGGUCCGAAUCAAUAUCCUCCUCCAAACCAAGGUCAGAAUCAGUAUCCUGCUCAACCACAAUGGAACGGACAGCCUGGUGUUCCUCCUAACCCUGGCUUCAGUGCUGAGUAUCCACCACAGAAUCCUCUUUAUCCUCCUGUACCUGGAGUUUCCCCAGCUCAGCCGCCCCAGUGGAGUGGUCCUCCCAACCAGUACAACGCACCUGCAACUGUGAAUUACAAUCCAAUGGUGAACAGCGCUCCACCUGGUGCCACGUCCCCAUUGCUAAACGCUCAACCUGAGCCUGCUGGACUCAGAGCUAACAUGGAUAUCCUGAACUCCUCUGGCUCCGCUGAUGUCCAGUUCAGCAUUGACAAUGCAAGGUCUCCUACCAACAAUUUCCUGUAGUUCCCUUGACUACUUGCAGUGUCCGUGUAAAAGCCUGACGUGAAAAGGAAACAAAUCUUCCAGCUGUGGACAAGAUUCAUGCAAAACCCAAGCCUUUAAUCAAUUUUAGACUACUGUUUUAUUUAACAUUAGUGCAGAUGCACCGAUAUAGUCGGUAAUGGUCGAUGAGCAAUUUUCUAUCAGCAGAUAUUUAAAAACAGCCGAUAGUCAUGGGCGAAAUAUCCUGUUAAUCAAAAGAGAACAAGAAAAUAAAAUGAAAAUGUAAAAAAACCCAUCACUAGUCUAGUUUAAUGUUCACUAUUAUAUUAUUCAAUAUUAUAUGAAUGAAUAACGUUUAGAAAAUGUAAUCUUUAGAAUUUAGUUAGAAUGCAAGUUUAUAUAACCACCAAUCAUUCGGUAUCGGCAGUGGAAAUUUUUAUAUCGGUGCAUCUCUAAACAUUAGUUAUGCAGAUUACUAAAAAUAGGUCAGUAUUGGUUAUCACUGUAAAGAGCAAUGUUAAGUGAUUGUGUCAUAGCUAAAAAAUACUACCUCGGCAAUAAUGAAAAAGGUCUUUGGCAUAGAGAUUCAUCAACACUGUGACUACAAGGCUCAUUAUACUUCUGCGUAGGGCCUACCCGUAGCCUCGACGCCGUACGCGUUGGUUUUCAUUCAUACUUAUGCGUCAUUGUUCGUGUCAACGUAGGCAGUAUCCACGCGUGUAACCCACAAUAGCAGAAGAAGUAACUUCCCCAGUAAAAUGAAGAAGGAGCUUGUGAAUGUUAUUUGAGAAGACCAGCAGUGAUUGAGGUAAAUAAUAUUGUUGCGGUUUGAAUUAAAUAUCAUAUCUCAACUUUGUCCAUCUUUGUUUUUACUGUCGUAAGCGAAAUUCCAGUUGAGGAUCUUUUUGACCUGAUAAUGGGAGGGGUUCUAGCAGACCAAUCGCAGCACUCGCAGUCCGCCAAGCAUUGAUGUGCUGUUACAUUUUGGGAGAGAUGCACGUCAGGCUAUGCCAGAGGCUACUGUGUAGGGUUCGGGUCUCUGCAAAGGCUACAAUCGACGCAGAAGUAUAAAGCCCCCUUUAGACCUGCAAAAUGUUUUUGCUGUAGGCAAGAUACCAAUUUAGAGGACCGAUAGCUUUUCUAUCUGAAGAAUGAAUGGGCCUUAAAUCUUUAUAACAAUCACAUACUCUUUCUCAGGAUUUAUCUACAUUAGAAGCAAGAUGUUUGUUUACUUAAGACUUUUGCAUAAACCAAGGGUGCCCAAGCUCAGUCCUGGAGGGUCGGUGUCCAGCAGAAUUGAAUCAAACAGCUAAUUAAAGUCCUAAUAGACCCUUUUACUGUUUGUACACAGUGAUGACGUGGAAACGUAUGCUUGCGCAUUUUGGCAACGGAAGUAUGGCAAGAAUCAGCAGUGAAGCAACACAGAGAAAGUUAUUUUAUCAACUUUUUCAACACAGCUACCAAAUCUGUGUACUAUAGUGGAGUGUAUAGAAGGCGUUAGCAGAUGGCCAAAUAUAAAGUGGCCAGAUACAUAUAUACGUAUAUAAGUAUAUUAUAUUAGUGCAACGCAACAACCAGACAUUUUGAUGCUGGGAAACCAUUUUGAUAAACUUUCUGAGUUGCUAACACAUUGAACCAUGAACCACUGGGGAACAACACCACUUCCGUUGCAGGCUAUUUGAUCACGCAAGGGUGUAAAAGGGUAUGAGCAUGCUAAAAAACUGUGUGCUGAGGCAAAUUGAUGCUAAACUAACCAAGUUUGGGCACCCCUGGCAUAGACAGACUGUUUGCUUUCUUCAAUCUUUCUAAAACUUUGUAGAUUCUGCUACCACCAUGCAACAGCUUUCAAAGAUGUCAAAGGUUUUUCUUAUCCUACCUCUCUGUAACUCUCUGCUUGUGCGGUCAUAAUAGUUAUGAAAUGACAUGGUUGCGUGACAAUUGCCUACCAUGUGGUUAAAAGUGUGAGCCAGCUUUGUGCCACAGUUCAGGAAGUCUUAUAAAAUCUGUGGCUUGUAUUCUAUAUAGUUUAUACAUAACCCAGUUUACAGUUACUGCAUGUAAUGUUAUAUAUUUGCCUACUGUUUAAGAGAAACGAAAAUAAAAACGUUCUGCCAAUGUAGUUGAAUUUGCUUGAGGCACUUUUACAGUGCUGCUGUACCUUCUAUUGUAGUGAAAAUGACAUAACCUUGAAUCUAAAUGUCAUUAAUCUGUUAACAAGUAAUAACACGUUUGUACAUAGUUUGUGUAUAACCUGCAUAUUGAUGCCUUACUAACACCAAAUAUUAACUGGCCUACCCUUGAGCUUACGUAACCUAUUAGCUGUGACACUGCCCAAACAGCCAAUGCUUACAAUUUUCUGUAUUUUUUUAUAUCGUUCAUGUAUAUAUUAAAUGUUUAGGUUUUUUAUUUUGCCGGUGGUGGCUAGUGGGAGGUGCUGUUAUUCUUUUCCUUCUGAUAUGUUCGACUAUGGCAGUGGUUCUCAAACUGGGGGGCGGGAGCAAUUUCAUAAAAUACGAAUAAAUACGUCAUUAAACGUCAGACAAAUAAAGCUAGCAUUACAUUGUAUCAUUCAAUGUUUUGUUUCAUUCAAGAUCUAAAUUUAAGAUUGUUUUGUAAUAAAUUUUCUUUUGGUGGAACGCCAAAAGAUGCACCCUAUACAAAGGGGGCGCACGCCAAAAAGUUUGAGAACCACUGGCCUAUGGAAUGUACUAAACAUUUGCAGUUCAUUUUGGUACACUUAAGACUGUAAUAGGAAGAAUGACAAUAAAAAAGUAUGUUAGACUGA